GCGACCACCAAGAAGCAAGCAUGCACAGGCGGUUGAUCAUUUAGCGGAUAAGCCAGAUGUUCUCCAGCAUUAUCCAGACCCACUGAGGCUAGGCACACUUCGUGUUCCCUCUGCCGCCUUGUUCGAACCACGUUCAAGAGAAGCACGAGUCCGUGGCUUGGCUCCGUUCCGAGCCGGAGGUGUCAAGCUUCUAGAGUAUUUCCACCUUCCUUGCACGUCGGAACCACCCUCCAGCCUUCCUUCUACAGGCACGCGCCUCGCCUCCCACUCGCCGGUUUCCCCGCCAACCCAGGCGACACAUCCCCUCCUCGCCUACCUCACCCUUCUUUCCAACGACCAUCCAGAGAGCACCUAUUAGUAGCACGCGUCGCAGCCAUGGCGCCGCCCAAGGACUCCCCCGGCAGCCCGACCAAGUCGCGCAGCGUGACCAAGACCGUGAACGGCGGCCACCAGUUUCACAUCACGGGGUAUUCCCUCGCCAAGGGCAUGGGCGUCGCCAAGUACAUGUCCAGCGAUACUUUCACAGUCGGGGGGUACAAAUGGGCGAUCUACUUCUACCCGGACGGGAAGAACGCCGAGGAUAGCUCGCAAUACGUGUCGCUUUUUAUCGCGCUUGCGAGCGACGGCACCGACGUUCGCGCGCUCUUCGAGCUAACCAUGCUGGACCAGAGCGGCCGCGGGCGCCACAAGGUGCACUCGCACUUCGACCGCUCCUUAGAAUCGGGGCCGUACACGCUGAAAUACCGCGGGUCCAUGUGGGGGUACAAGCGGUUCUUCCGCCGCGCGACGCUAGAGACGUCAGAUUAUCUCAAGGACGAUUCGCUGCAGAUUACGUGCACGGUGGGGGUCGUGGUGACGGAAACGGAGGGUCCGAAGCAGCCCGUGUCGAUCCCGAUCCCGCCGUCGCGCAUGGGGAGUGACUUCGAGGUGCUGCUGUCGUCGGACGAAGGCUGCGAUGUAACGUUCGACGUUGGCGAAGAGACGGUUACCGCGCACCGGGUCAUUCUCGCCGCGCGCUCGCCGAUGCUGAAAGCGCUCCUGUACGGCCCGAUGCGGGACACGCGGGAGGGAAACAUCCCCGUUACAGACAUCGAGGGGCCGGUCUUUAAGGCGCUGCUGCACUUCGUGUACACCGACGAUCUCCCGACCUCCGGGCCGUCCGCGCUCACGCCGAUCAUGGCGCAGCACCUGCUCGCGGCGGCGGAUCGCUACGCCUUAGACCGGUUGAGAUUAAUCUGCGAGUCGAAGCUGUGCGAGACGGUGGAUGCGGACACGGUCGCGACGACGCUCGCGCUCGCGGAGCAGCACAACGCGCACCGCCUCAAGAGCGUCUGCCUGCAGUUCGCCGCGCAGAACCUCGCCAGUGUGAUUCAGUCCGAGGGCUUUGACCAUCUGAGGGCGAGCUGCCCAUCGCUACAGGCGGAGUUGCUGCAGGCAGUGGCAGGCGUGGGGGGCAGCAGUGAGGCUGUAGCAGGGGGGAGUGCACGCAGGGCUCAGCUGGAGCCCAGCUGGGGCGAUGAUGUCAAUGGGGAUGGUAGCGACCCCAUAGGUAGACGAGUAAGGCUCAGGCUUGGGAAUUUGUAGGGAUAUACCGGUACCACCAAGGUUAGGAGGAGCCCCCCUGCUGUAAUACUAAUGGUUUCAACUUUAGAUGGGACGUGGUAACAGUUGCUGUGUGGCUCAGUUGGAAAUGUCCCAAUCCUCGCCCCUGAUAGUAUCUUAAUAAGGUUCCACAUAGGGGAUUGUUAAUUGCUACAUGAUUGGUUUCUUUCGGGUUUAU